AGAUUCCUGCUUUUCACAUCAAAUGUAUCGUCGUCAUCUGACCAUCUUGUCAUCAGGAAGUUCGGCAAACACAUUCAGAAGAGGCAGCUGGAUAUCCCCGAAUAUGCUGCCAGCUUCGUUGACUACAAGGCCCUCAAGAAGUUGAUCAAGAAGCUCAGUGCGACACCAGUCAUACACGCCCAGGACCUCACAAAUGCUGGAAGCGGCCUCGCAGACUCGCAAGCCUCAUUGCAAGCAAACAAGGCUACAUUUUUCUUUCGACUGCGUGAACUUGAGAAGGUCAACAUCUUCUACCUACAGAAAGAGGCAGAGCUCAAGUUACGGUUGAAAACCCUGGCGGACAGAAAGAAGUCAUUACAGGCUCGUGGUUUGUCCGCUUCGAAACUCUCCACAGUCUUUGUCACGCUAGACGAAGGCUUCCGACUGUUCAACAGUGAUCUCGACAAGCUCCAGGUUCGUCAUGCUGAAUGCAUCUUGAAAGUAAAAGCUCUAACUAGAAUANNGCAAUUCAUCGAGAUCAACCAGACUGCCUUCUCAAAGAUCCUCAAGAAGUCGCGCACGAAAGAGCUAUAUCUCUCACGAGCAGUAGAGAUCCAGCCAUGCUUCAACAGGGAUGUUAUCAGAGAUCUUUCCGACCAAGCCACAUCAAGUUUGCUUGAACUCGGCGCUUGGGCAGAAGGUGAGAAGAUUGAAUACAUACCCAGUGGCGAUCAACAGCAAAGACCUCAAGCAGGUGCGCAAGAGGACAACGACAUCGAGAUGCAAAUGCAACAGGCAGUAAACACUGGUAACGAAACACUAAUCAAGGAAUGGAUCUCGAGACUGGGAUCCACAGAUGAAGCGAAAGAACGCAUCAACCGCAUUUUCCUCAGCACAAUCAACGAUGCACCCUUGGAGAUGCAGAACACCCUACUGGAGACAAAUCUAGUUGAUCUGAAUUACGUGGAUGAGAUCAACGAACGUACUUGCUUGCAUGAGCUCUCGAUCUCAGGUAGACUACUCAGCCUGCCGAUGGUGCUCGAACGUGGCGCAAAUCCCUUGGCGACUGAUAUCUAUGGUCGUAUUCCACUGCACUACGCCUGUAUGCGCGGUCACGUUGAUGUGGUCAAGGAACUCGUCAGGUACGACUCGGCGAAUGCUAUGGAAGGCAUAGAGAGCGCCUCCACGAAUAGUGCACCCGUCGCCGAAAGCGUCGACUUCAAAGACUUGGACAACUUCACGCCUCUCAUCCAUGGUAUCGUGCAUGCUCGUUUUGCAGCGGUCCAGGCAGUCUUGGAGCUGGGAGCUCGCGUAGACCCCACUAGCGAAGCAGACCACAUUCCAAUUAACCUGGCUUGCCAAUACGGAUCAGUCCCGAUCGUGGAUCUGCUUCUCCAAUACCACCCACAGAUUCUGCCUGAUGCAGAAGGCCUUUAUCCACAACAUCUGGUUCCCAGAUCAGGCCGUAGUCCGCAGAUCUUGCAGAUGUUGAAGAAUUAUGGAGCCAACCUGGAUCAACCCGACAAGCUUUACCAAUGGACUCCAGUCUUCCACGCUGCGAGCGAAGGUCACUUGUCUUGCCUACAGGCUCUACUCGAAUUGGGUGUGGAUGUUGAUGUAUUGGAUGAGAAAGACCUCUCUGCCAUGUACUACGCUGCAUGGGAGGGUCACCUCGACUGUUUGCGUUUGCUAGAAAAGGCAGGCCAUGGCAAGGGUAUUGCCCGUGAAGAGCCGACGCCAGCUCCUGCCACUUUCCAAUCCAUCCUCAGCUCAAGUGCACCCAUUGCUGCAAGUGCAGACAUGGAAGCAAUCCCCGACCUGUCUUUGCCUCCACCAAUCAUCCCUCUCAGACGCUACGGUCACAAUUUCCUCGACACAACAAAAACGUUUAUUGUCAUCAGUUUCGAUUCACAGGACUCUCAAGCAAUUGAGUUCUAUGGUGACAACAAGUAUCCUGCCGCAAGAUUGACGAUAUCAUCCAAGUCUUCAGAUCUCAUCCCCCGCAAUAUCCCAUUGCCGAUACAGGACGAGUUCAGAGUCAUCUCUUUCCAGAUUGACAAUCUCAACACCUUCUCGAUCGAUUUCGACAUCUUCCCCACAUUUGGCUCCAAGGUGAUUGCCAGAGGUGCAGCGUCAUCGCUUGUGUUCUCGAGCAGAUACAACAGUUCUGGAAAUUGGCAUCUGGAACUCUUCGACCCUAGACUCCGGGCUAUUGGACGUAUCAGCUUCAAAUAUCAAGUCGUCACACCAUUCCACGGCAUUCCCAUGGAGAUUACACAGUUUGCUACAUACUGGAAGGCAACGAGCCAGAUCAGCUCGCAGCCCAACGGACUUAUCACUGGUUCAAGUUUGAGCGGAGACUACAUGCGCAUCUUUGUGCAAGCAACUAAGGAUGGGGUACCAGUCCUGUAUCCCUCAUGGGCCAUGCCAUCGACACUUGCAGCAUACGGCGUGAGAAAUGAUCUCAUCAGUCGUCUUACGUACGACCAGUUCUCUGCUAUUGGCAGAGCUAACGGCAAAGGCCCUGAAAGCUUGAUAGCGCUGCUUGAAGCUUCACCCGCCUUGUUGGCAAAGGGACUUGCAGAAUCUUGGUGCUCUCUCCACGACGUGCUCGAGAUACUGCCUCCGCAGAUGCAUCUCGAUGUGCACAUGCUCUUCCCCACAAAGGCAGAAGAGGAGCUGCUGCAACUUGGCCCAACGGGUAAUAUCAACGAGUUUGUAGACGCAUCGCUGAAAGAGGUGUUUGAUCAUGCACGCCGACUACGUGGAACCAGCGAAGGCUUCAUUAGAUCGAUUGUGUUCUCUUCUUACAAUGCCAAUAUCUGCACGGCGCUCAACUGGAAACAACCAAANCUAUUGGCCACUGUUCAGCAGCGGACGUACCACUACGUCUGUCAAGGAAGCCGUGAGGAUCGCACAGAGCAACAACUUCAUGGGACUGAUGUGCAGCUCGAGAUUGCUGCACUGAUCGAGUCGGUCAAGACGGCAGGACUGGUGUUGAUUGCGGAUGUGACCAACUCGACGACACAAGAGCAGGUUGCGCGUGCGUCCUUUGACGCGCUGCCCGACGAGGUGGACGGCUACCUCGACAACAACGCAGUUUUGCGAUUCCACGAAAGCAUCGACAUGUAA